AUGGCUCAAUUGUUCAAUAAUUCUCGUUCCGAUACUUUAUUCUUAGGUGGUGAAAAAAUCAGUGGUGAUGAUAUCCGUAAUCAAAAUGUAUUGGCAGCCAUGGCCGUCGCUAACGUUGUCAAAUCAUCAUUAGGUCCUGUUGGGUUAGAUAAGAUGCUAGUUGAUGAUAUUGGUGAUUUUACAGUGACCAAUGAUGGUGCUACUAUCUUGUCUCUUUUGGACGUUCAACAUCCAGCGGGGAAAAUAUUAGUAGAACUAGCACAACAACAAGAUAGAGAAAUCGGGGAUGGUACUACUAGUGUCGUUAUUAUUGCUUCUGAAUUAUUGAAAAGAGCUAAUGAAUUGGUUAAGAAUAAAAUUCAUCCUACUACUAUCAUUACUGGGUUUAGAGUCGCAUUAAGAGAAGCUAUUCGUUUCAUUAAUGAAGUUUUAUCUUUAGAUGUCGCUUCAUUGGGUAAAGAAACUUUAAUUAAUAUUGCAAAGACUAGUAUGUCUUCUAAGAUUAUUGGAUCUGAUUCUGAUUUCUUUAGUAAUAUGGUUGUCGAUUCGCUUUUGGCGGUGAAGACUCAAAAUUCUAAAGGCGAAACUAAAUAUCCUGUUAAAGCUGUUAAUAUAUUAAAGGCACAUGGUAAAUCUGCGACUGAAUCAGUAUUAGUCAAUGGGUACGCGUUGAAUUGUACCGUUGCAUCACAAGCAAUGCCAAGACAUAUUGCAGGCGGUAAUGUGAAGAUAGCAUGUCUUGAUUUAAAUUUACAAAAGGCACGUAUGGCAAUGGGUGUCCAGAUCAAUAUUGAAGAUCCUGAACAAUUAGAAGAAAUACGUAAACGUGAAGCAGGUAUAAUCUUAGAAAGAGUUCAAAAGAUUAUUGAUUCAGGUGCUCAAGUUGUUUUGACUACCAAGGGUAUUGAUGAUUUAUGUUUAAAGGAGUUUGUUGAAGCUAAGAUAAUGGCUGUUAGACGUUGUAAAAAGGAAGAUUUAAGAAGAAUUGCCCGUGCCACUGGUGCUACUUUAGUAAAUUCCAUGUCCAAUUUGGAAGGCGAUGAAACUUUUGAAUCCAGUUAUCUAGGUGUUUGUUCUGAAGUGGUACAAGCUAAAUUUUCUGAUGAUGAAUGUAUUUUAGUCAAAGGUACUUCAAAGCACUCUUCUUCUUCCAUUAUUUUACGUGGUGCAAAUGAUUACUCAUUAGAUGAAAUGGAACGUUCUAUUCACGAUUCAUUAUGUGUAGUGAAAAGAACUUUAGAAAGUGGUACCGUGGUACCAGGUGGUGGUUGUGUAGAGACUGCAUUAAACAUAUAUCUUGAUAAUUUUGCCACAACUGUGGGAUCUAGAGAACAAUUAGCCAUUGCAGAAUUUGCAGCUGCAUUGUUAGUUAUUCCAAAGACUCUUGCAGUUAAUGCUGCUAAGGAUUCCAGUGAAUUGAUUGCCAAACUGAGAUCAUACCACGCUGCUAGUCAACUGGCCAAGCCAGAAGAUAUCAAGAAGAAGAAUUAUCAAAAUUAUGGGUUAGAUUUAAUCAAGGGUAAGAUUGUAGAUGAAGUCCAUGCUGGUGUCUUGGAACCAACGAUUGCCAAGAUCAAAUCAUUGAAAUCUGCUCUAGAAGCAUGUAUUGCAAUUCUUAGAAUCGAUACUAUGAUUACAGUGGAUCCAGAGCAACCAAAGGAGGAUCCACAUGGUCAUUAA